CCAAAUGUAAAGCAACAAGAAAGUAAACAAAAUUAUGCUGAUAACAAUAAAUAAUAAUAAGGAUUAAUACGGACGAGCCAAACUAUGGAACUGGGCAGGCAAAAGAAGCGACGCAAGCAGCGCAAACGCAAACACCAACGUAAGAAGCCAAAGGCGUCAGCAACAGCAGAAGCUGCGGCCGCUGUGGGUGCACCACAGUUGCCCGCCGAGAUUUGGUGCAGCACGUACAAGUCUCUGCUGGCGUGGCAUCAGGCACAGGUGCGCAGCGUCUGUGGCAGGAGAAUGGAGCAGGCGGAAGCUGAAAGCUGUAGUGAGAGGGAGGACGACGAGGAGGAUGAGGAAGUGGAAGACGAGGAGCUGGAGGAGCAGCAGUUGUUUGCCGACCCCGACGAGGUGGAGGAAGUGGAUGAAGAAUAUCUUAAGUUUCUGGAAAUUACACUGCAGCAUCAGGAGGAAUUGAAACGCACGCGUGCCGCAGCUGCAGCUGCCGCCCCAGAAACUUAACUGCCGAAACCCACCGAAAAUUUAUAUUUAAGAUUUUUUAAUUCAAGACUU